GGUGGGAUAGGUUGGUGACGCUAUUUUUUGGAAAUGAGUGAUGCGAAAGUGAAUACGUUGAUCUUAAAGUGAUUCUAUGGUGCAGCUAGUCUCGGCCUUUUACCUAGAAUCCAUAAGUGCCGUGUCUUUCCUGCUGUUGCUUUCAAAAAUGCUUUUUCAACGAUCGGUUGUUGAUUCGAAAUGCUAAUAAGAAGUGUUCAAAUGUACCCUCGACUCCGUGCGGCAAAGUUCAUACCCGAGCUAAACAGUUUUUGGUAAAAAAAAUGGCCCGUAUGCACCGCUAGUUCAGGCGCAAAGUUAUCUCCGGUGUUGUUGAGAAAAUAAGUGUACUACCUGCGCCGCUCCUUCAGGUCAGGCUUCAGGUUAGGCUUUCUUUGUGCCUUCCUGCUUUUCAACGACUUCCUGGUACGCUCAACAAAAUGAGAACGCACCAUCGAACCAGGUAAAACAGAAAGGCAGUUGCCGUUUUGUGCCAUUAUUGUGGGCGAAUCACGAUAGUGAGUGAAGUGCAUAAAAAUAUAUGGGUAUAGUUCCACAAAUUGUUCACAGCAAUCGAGAGCCGUUCGUGCGCCUGGCCUUCGUGGAACGACAAUAAAUCAAAAUAAAAAUUAGUUAUCAUCAGUGUAUAAGAUAUCUAGUUCCUUCGCAGAGCUCCGCACGGUCGGUGGUUGUGAAAUGUUUGGUGAAAUUUAGAAAAGUGCGCGUGGCUCAUUGUGUAUUGUGUUGCUAAGCCAAUAGUGCAAAGCAGGCCAUAGAAAUAGGGCUUCCAAGAAGCGCUUCGCAUCUAUUAAAUCGCCUAAAACGUUCAUAAGAAACCGUACUCAUUGGUCUCAGAAAAGCAAACUAUCUCUUGGAUUGAUUAGUGUUACCGUUGCAGUUACCAAGACCAGGUUGCAGUGGAAAGUGGAAAAAAGUGGAGUUAGGCAGACGAGCAAAGAAAUCUAGUUAUUCGUGUGCGACUGUUCUGUGCUGAUCAAAAUUGCACGGUUUAUGAUAAUGACAUUCCAACCGAAAAAUAAUUCCGUAUACUAUCCGAAAUCCAAUGGAAAUACACCAUCAGACGAAGCACCCUACGCAAAACGACGAUCUGGUAUGGUCUGGUGGUGAUAUGUAAUAGAGGUUUGAUAAACUCGUGUUUCAACUGGAUUUAUCAUAAUUCUAAGCACAUUUAAGGCUUUGCUACUCCGUACUUUUGAAUGUGCUUUCCUUAUAACACUUGCUUAGAAAAAACCGGCGACAUAGACAAUGAAUUGGUUUCACAUCCUUUCCUUCGUCUACCUUUCGUCACCUUUCCUGUUUCUCAAGGCUCGUCUCCUGACAACCAGAUAUUCUGGAUUCAUCCAAGAAAGUUUUCUUCUCCGUGUUCCUUGCGCAUCCAUCAAAGUAAACUAAGCAGCAGAUGCCACCUGGCUGCCGCUUCCUUCGUUGGUGUUGGUGGAUCAGGACUGUUCGAGCUAGAAUUACGUUACUUUCAAAAUGAAAAAAAUAUCGACCAUAAUGAAAAGUGUUGCUCUGGAAAGGCGACUGCCCUCGGGCACUGCAUCGGUACAUGCAAAACGAGAUUCCGGGCUUGUCUGAAACACUAUCAGGCUACCAUUGAUACCACAUCGCCAUGUACAUUCGGUGACGUCAUUACUCCAGUACUAGAAGGAACAUUUUUAAACUUCACAGCUAUCAGCGCUACGACGAAAGAUUUCGAAAAUCCUUUGAGGUUCCCCUUUGAGUUUGGAUGGCCGGGUUACUUUACACUCAUCAUCGAAGCCUGGCAUGAUACGAAUGAAACGACCACUAGAUCGUCCGGCACUCUUAUUUCACGGCUCUCGAUUCAACGAAUAUUGGAUGUUUCUGCAGAAUGGAUGGAAGACAGUUAUAACUCUUCGCACACUAUGAUACGGUAUGCGUUUCGGGUGACGUGUGAUUCGAAUUAUUACGGCCCAGGUUGUGCUAAUUUGUGCCGCAAGCGAGACGAUCAAUUUGGACACUACACCUGUUCUUCGCUCGGUGAACGCGUAUGUCUAUCUGGUUGGCAGGGUGAAUACUGUACAUUUGCACGUUGCACUCCUGGAUGCACUCACGGACACUGCACAAAACCAAAUGAGUGCAUAUGCCAGUCUGGAUGGAAGGGACCAUUAUGUGACGAGUGCGAGCCGUAUCCGGGAUGUGUGUAUGGAACAUGUAAAAAACCGUGGGAGUGCCUGUGUAAAGAAGGCUGGGGUGGUUUGUUUUGCAACCAGGAUUUAAAUUUCUGCACUAACCACAAACCAUGUCGAAAUGGAGGCACAUGCUUUAAUACAGGCCAAGGUUCCUAUACCUGUCAGUGUCGGCCUGGUUUCACGGGAACAGAUUGUGAGUCAAUCAUGACGAGUUGCAAUGAACAACCUUGUUUGCAUGGAGCCACCUGUCAGCCAGUGCAGCACGGAAAUGAGUCGUUAAAUAUCGAUAGUGUAUUAAAGUAUAGGUGUCUCUGUGUAUCAGGUUGGAUGGGUUCGCACUGCGAGUUAGAAUCUGUAACAUGUGCAGAAAAGCCUUGUCACCACGGAAAUUGCAUAGAUGCAAUGAAUACAGGUGUUGCAGGAACUAACGUUGCCAAUUUUCGAUGUGAAUGCCCACCUGGGUAUAGUGGAUCCUCAUGUGAGAUUAAAACCGGUGAGUGCCAUGCUGGAUUUUGUGUUAACGGAGGCACAUGCCAUGUUUCGGGUUCGACAUCAAUCUCAAUUGCGAUAUUGUUAGCAUCAAAUGACGGUCGGGCCGGGUCUCUAAUGUGCCUUUGUCCGGAUGGCUUCGUUGGUGAGCGGUGUGAGGAGAACGUGGAUGAUUGUGUCGGUAAUCUAUGUCUGAACGGUGGCACAUGCAUUGACGGUGAAAAUCACUUUAAGUGUCAAUGUGUUCCAGGAUUCAUUGGGACGCAUUGCGAAGAACGGGUUGACCUAUGUCUUACUAAACCAUGCGCCAAUGGUGGAACAUGUACGAAUCUUAAAAACGACUACAGUUGUAAAUGUCGUGCCGGGUUUGCUGGAAAAGAUUGCAGUGCGGAUGUGGAUGAAUGUGCCUCGUCUCCGUGUAGGAAUGGCGGAACAUGUAUAAAUCGCGUAAAUAGCUUCCAGUGUGUUUGUGCCGGUGGAUAUCGAGGCGCAAUCUGUGAGGUGGAGCCAGCUGGCAGCAGUGCUGUUCAACGAGCUAUUGGUAGUGUUGGAUUAACCGAUACUCUUAUGUCACAACAUCAACAUUCGCACCAACAGCUGCGGCACAGAGGAGAUACCACAAAAAUCGAUGGCCAUCACAACGUUGAAGGGUUAAGCAAAGUUCAAAUUGCAUUGAUUGCUAUUUUAUCCAUCGCAACUCCAUUGGCUGCAUUUGUAGCGACAGCGAUCGUGAUAUGUCUUAAGCGUAAACGGCAACGCGAACAAGAUAAGGAUGACGCAGAAGCACGCAAACAGAAUGAACAGAAUGCGUCGCACAACGUGCCUGCGGCACAUCACCUUCACCAUCACCUAAUACUGCAGCAGUCUCAACAAUCAUCUUCCUCACCUACGCAGCCUCACCAAUUGCAGCAGCAACAACCACAACAGCAACAGCAUCAGCAACAACAACAAUAUCAAAGUUUUCACAACACCCAUAUGACGGCAUCGGUUGUAGGCCAGAAGCGAAAUGGAAGUAAUACGUUAUCUAGCUUUGAUAGCUCACACCACAUGAUCAAGAAUACCUGGGAUAAAAGCGUAAACAAUAUGCCGGUGUCUUCUACAACGUUAAGCAGCACCGUGUCUGCUGGUGCGGUGGCUGGCUGCGGUUCUGGGGGAGGAAAUGUAUCGGCAUCGUUAAUUUUAAGCAGCAGUUUAGAUGAUACCUGCAUGCAUCAUUCAGGAGUAAGCGGAGGAAGUUCUACUGGUACUUUGUUGUACCUUAGCGCGGAAGAUCCGACGGUGAUGGCACCAUCGUGCGUUACUCUACAACGAGUCAAAUCUCAGAAGCAGCUGAAUACGGAUCCCACCCUUUUGCAGCAGCAUAACAGUCACCAUAAUACGCUACACACUCAGUCGCAAUGCUCUCCAAGUACUUUAGCGUCGUCAACCUCCCCAGCUUUGACGUCAGUAUCUCCGUUAUCAGGAGGUGUACCAAGCUGUUCGUCAACUAAUCCCCCUUCAUGUGACAUUAGUAUCAAUUGCGGGAAAGAUAUAUUUGAUAAACGCAUAUCAGUUUUAUCUGAGAGCCGCCUAUGUCCUUCUCGAUGGAACGCUCCUGUCGCCGGUAGUCAUUCUAUCGUUGGACCAUGCAGUCCGCCGCAUAUCUAAGUGACCAAAGGCGCAAUCUCUAUCAUAGGGUAUAUUCAUGAAUCGACAGUCUUGAUUAGUUACAAUUUCGAUUUUCCUGAGGUUGGCUAAUAUGAAACAAAAUUUUGAAACUCGUAUGGAAAUUGCACUAGAAAGAAAGAAAGGGUUUAUAAAUAUGCAAGUUAAUUUUAGCUGUUUCUGGUGCUCUACCUCUACCUUGCUCUAGUAGGUCAAGAUUACGGAAACAAUUUCACGUGAAAAUUCACACUCUCAUAUAUCAUUCUAAUCUCGAGUUAAUACUUGAAACUUAAAUUUUUUAUAGAUAUCGAACGUCGUAGAGUCAUGGAACGGUUCGAUAAAUGUCGGUAUUUGAUAGCAUUUCAUCCUAACGAAACAAAUAAUAAUGCCUACUUCAUAAAGUCGUGUAGUAGCCUAAGCCGCUCAAUUCGUCGUAAUUAGAACAAAUCGGAUUGUUGAGACGAUAAUGAACAGUCGAAGCAGUUUUUUUUACAAGAACUUUAAAGAAAACUGUGCGUAUUUUCCUCAUAAAUAAUACGGUAUUAUUUGUAUUUACUACGGUAUUAUUUUUGUUUAUCUUAGAUAGGUCGUUCUAAGACAUACCAUAGUACGAAAAUUAGCUAGCGCUUUUAUUUAUUUUUAAGUGAUUCGCAUCAAUAAGAUAGCUGUAAAUUGAACAUUGCUGUGUUGUAAAUAAUAAUCACUAGCUUUGAUUGAUAAUCUUCGUAGAAUUGCUUUUAAAUUUGGCCAGUAAAUACUUAUUAGCCAUUAAGAGAAAUACCAUUCAUUUUACGAACGGUAGUAUCCACUUUAAUAGUAACACGAACUACUUAAAUUCCAUCUUGAAAAGGAACAAUGAAAUGACUUCCCAUACUUAUCGCCAUUCAUACAAAUCCUUUCGAUUUUAGAGUUUCAGUUACACAGGCACUCGUACUCACAGACCCACGAACACCCAUUUAUCCAUAUUUGACCGCAAGUCCAAAUCAAUUCAAAAUUUUAAUUUGCACUUCUUAUACUAAAGCCAUAACUCGCAAUAUUUGUAUAGUUGAAUUGAAGAUUGGAAUAAACAUCAAAAAGCAAAUUAUCUACUUGGUUUUAAUUAUUUUUAUUUUUAUUUUUGAAAAGAUUCAUGCAGUUUUUGUUAUACAGAUACAAAUUAUCAUUUUAUUUUCAUGAAUGUCAGUUCAUCUCUUACAGCACUCGUUCUUAUUGUUCAUUUGAUGUUUUUGCUAUUAUUGGCAAGUAACCAUACUUCAUAACCAACUGUCGUAACCAAACAGCCGACAUUGUAUUAAUACUUAUGGUCUCUAAUGAUCGUUUCUGCUCCUGUUUAUAAAAUUUGCUAAUUGUUGGGAUUAUUUUUAUUAUGGCGUUUGCGAAUUUGGUUUAUUCAGUUGAUAAUGUUCCUGAUUGAAUUUAUCAAAAUGAAAAGUCUGCUGAGGAAGUGUACAGUAUAUUUGCGUUCUCAGUUACAGUUACUUAUUGGCAUGAUUUUAGGAGCGUGAGCUCUUCUUUUAAGAAACAUAAAUUAAAUCAAAUAUACAGAAGAAUAUCUGAUAUGGUCGGUAUAAAAAGCUUUUAUUUUCCAAUUUAUAUUUAAUUAAAUUAAAUCUAAUGCAACUCUAUUUCGAAUACAAAAAUCAUACUCUCAAUUUUCGCAAUGUGAUACUGUGUUUUAAUUUUAUUAAACACUCCUAAUAAUUAAGAUAACGUCAUAAUAAUUAACAUUGUUAUGCUACAAUUUCACUACGAUUAUGUUAUGAUAUAUUCGUAAAUUCUCAGCGAUAUCGCCAACAUUUUGUAUUGGAAAUGUGAAACUUCUUCAGUGCUUUAGUUUGAUUUUCAUACAAGUUGAAAUUUAAAUAAAAAUACACUUAGUCAAAAAUAUAUGAUGCGCUAUAACACCUUAAUAGAAUGAGUUUUAGCAAAAAUAUGUGGCCAACAGAUAUAAAACAUAUUCUCAAACACUAAAAAGGUGAAAAUAUAGAAGCAUUUAAUUGAAUCAAAUAAUGAUUGAAUGACUGAAUAUGAAAUGAACUUGAACAUGAAUAUAAGUAUAUUUGUAUAUUGUUUUAAUGUUUCUUGUUUAUAUCUUGGGAAUCAUAAUUUGAAGGUUAUAUUAAGUUUUCUGAUAAUUGCAUGUGCUACAUUUUGAAAGCUGAUUCAUAUUCUAUUUAAUCCUAUGCAUUAUGUGAACUAUGAACAAUCAUGUUUCAAAUAGCAACGAGUACGAAUGAAUAAAAUUAAAAUUAUAAAUAUGACAUAUUUGUUAAGAUGGUU